GGCUAUUAUAUAGCCGGGGCGCAGACCGCCAGAAACCACAACUUCUUUGGAUCUCGCUACCGAAAGUAUCAGUUUGUGGUGCCAGUGAACCGUAUCUGCAGAAACAUCUUGAUUCCAAGUUCCAGAAUGAAGCUGUUUGUCCUGACACUGGCCCUGAUGGGCAGCGCCCUGUCCAUGCCGGUAGGAGUGGAGCAUGACCAUCCUCGGUCCGUGGUGCCACUUGUAAUCACGGACUACUCGUCAGUUGCCAGUAAGAACACUCCUGAUGACACCCCACUGGUAGCCCCCAAAGAGCCGGUAAUCAAGGAAGACGAACUGAAGCCUGAAGAGAAGCCGGCAGCGUCUGAGGACAAACCAGAAACGUCACCGGCUCUUCCUGUCGACAACACUAAUCCAGCCAAUGACGCUUCAGCAGAAAAGCCAGCAGCACCAGCCUCAGACAACCAAGAGGCCGUGAGCAGCGACAGCAAACCGGCAGAAGUUCCUUCGGAAAAGGACAAGGUUCCUGAACAGACAGGUGUUGUGUCAGAGAAGAAGGAAGACAAUGCAGAGGCUGAGGCGAGCAGUUCACAAGAUGCGCCUGUCGUGAUACCAGAAAAGAAAGUUUCUGACGAGAUCAAGCCACCUGCACCUGUCGCACUGAACGUUCCUAAGAACGACGAGAAAGCUGAUGAAAGCAGUUCUUCCGAUAUAAAACCUGCAGAGGAAACCAAGGAACAGCAGAUCGACGAUAAGAAAGUGAAGACCGAGGAGAUCAAGCCAGAUGAAUCCGAAUCACCGGCCGCUGAAAUUCAAGGUCCAGUGACAGAAAAACCCCUGGACAAAGUGGAACAACCAAUUGCUAACGAGGAAGUCAAGGAGUCUCUGAAGGUCGACGAGCCGAUAAAGGGAGAAGCACAGGAAACCCCUGUUACGAGUCGAAGGAAACGUUCAACAGAUGGCAAGGAGGACGAAAAGAAGAAGCCCACUGAAGUGACGAAGAAGGAGAAAGAUGAGAAAAAGGUCAAAGCCGAUGAUACUCCAGUAAAGAUCGUAGAAGUCAUACUAGAGGAUGCGCAGGUUCAAGAAGAUGAAGCUCCUAAGAUCGAUGACCCAAACCCCGAGGGAGCUGCGUCUGAAAUCAAGCCCGUUGAACUUCUCAAACCCAGCGAUAUUCCUGAUGUGAAACCGGAAGUACCUGUGAAUGAAGAGAAUAAACCAGUCGGUCUUGAUGUCGCCCCUGUCCUAUCUCCACAGCCUGAGGCCAGCUCUGACAAUGCAGAAAUACCAGCUCAAAUCGACGAAAACAAGAACGUCGAAGGAAACGAAGAGAAGAAGAUCCAAUUAACUGAGGUGGAAAAGGCUGAGAAAGUCGGGGAAAGCAAACAACAGGAAACGAAGAUCGUGCCAGAAGCUGUGGCGAAAGACGCUGAGAAAACGGCCGAUGAAGCAGUUCAAGUAGACGACAGGAAGACUGAGGUGGCCGUGGCCGUGGCGUCUGUAGUUGAACAGAAGAAGGGCGUAACUAGCGACGCGGCUUCUGCUGACUCUGCUGUCGAGAAACAAGAACAAGAAAAUGUGCCCGCAACGACAAAUGCCGAGGUUGUUAAUAAGAACCCUGAACCCGCAGAAGACAACAAACAGUCAGAGGAAAAAGAAGGCGUCAAAGGGGCAGUAACAGCCAGCUCAUAAACGGCCACUGUUCAUUGUUUGGCUUCCCCUCUCACUCAUAAGCGUGUCUGUGCACGAAUUUCAGGCUGACAGCUGACAUUAGUUUAAACAUUUACCUAAAUCCAUGAAGAUGUUUUAAUCUUCCUCCUUUCUAUCAGAUAUAAUUAGGCGUCAUAUAUAGAUAUUUUACAGGUCAGCUACCCACGAAUCCCCAUUACAGAAAUCUCAUGAGAUGUACGUGAAACAUAGGGUGUUCAAGAAAAGUGGUCAUUAUAUUUGAUAUGUAAUAUAUUCAUAUAUACACACAGGAACACCGCAGUAUGGUCUGUCUUCUAUUAUUAUAUUUUAAUUUUAAAUUAAUUCCUUGAGGUGUUGAGUGGGUGAGUGAAUGUAGCUGUAUGUAUGUUAAGGCAACUCAAAUAUUCUUUCAGAACCAAUGAAUACUGUGCCUGUAUUUAACUAGGCUUCCAAAUAAACCAUUUUAUACAACC